AUGGCGGAUCGCAAGUCGGGUCCGUCUGCUUUUGCUAGCGACCCUCUACCCACGCUUGACCACCUCGUACACAAGGUCAACCCAGGGCAGCUGGAGCGCGCCAUUUCAGUGUUCUCAGUGCUCGGCUUUACGGUCAAAAGGGGCGGUAAACAUGCUAAUGGGCUGACGGCAAAUGCGCUCAUCACCUUCCCUGAUGGGGUAUAUCUCGAGAUUAUCGCUUUCCAGGAGCAUCCCAUCGCUGCUACCGGCGAGCUGCAAGCGCAGUUUGAAACAAGACGGCGCAAGCACCCCUGGUGGAGGAAUAGCGCGGGGUGGAUCAACUGGGCUCUGCUUGGCGGUGCAGAGAAUGGGCAGACGGCUGAAAUCAAUCAGCGCGCCGAACAAAUCGGCGUUCAGAUGCGGUACAGCGCUCCGAUAGCGGCAGGCCGUACCACCACCGAGGGCAAGAAGCUCGAGUGGAAGAUCAGCGUGCCAGAAGGCAAUGUCCCACGGUCAGCAGUACCGUUUUUGUGUGAGGACGCCACUCCAAGGACUUGGAGAGUCCCUCCGCCGGAUCCUCCCCACCGCAAUCGCAGCAGCGGAAUUUCGGCCCUGACGAUCCUAUAUCCGCCUGGCGAAGACUCCCAGACUUUUUCCCUGCAGAACUUGGCAAUAGUACUGGGCGAAAAGUUCACGCGCCAUGUCACGCCAACGCAACCUUCGCUGCCCGUGACAACGCUUGACCUCAGUGUUGUCCACGUGCGCGUCGCGGAUGAUCCUAGCGAACUCAAAUGGGUCGCAGAGAACGGUGCUGGGUUGUUCGAAGUUGAGAUUCGAGUCGCCGCGGAUCAGCUGCCGUCUUCGGCGCCGCCUGACGGGCUAGAGCAAACUACACAAGACGAGCACUGGGGACGAAUUCGUCUCCACCCCGUCUUCAAUCAAGCCUGA